CUGUAGCAGCAACUGGCAACAAUAAGCCAAGCCGGGUGACUAUAAAAGCGCCGGGCCACUGGCAGCCAUCAACAAACCUCGCCUGGCGCCCAACCCAUCAAGUCAACCAGCCAACAGCCACCAGCAACAUCUGCAGCAGCAACAUGAAGUUCUUGUGCGUGUUCGUCAUCCUGUCCAUUUGCUUCAUGAGCACCUGGGCAGCAGUUUCGGAGCCCGCUCCUGAAGCCCUGGAGGCGGAGCCAUCCGCCGUGGAUGAGAAGAAGACGGAGAAGAGAGGCAUCUACGGGUUCGGCCACGGCUAUGGCGGCUAUGGCGGCUAUGGCGGCUAUGGCGGAUACGGUGCCUAUGGACACGGUCACUACGGCGGCUACGGCGGACUGAGCAGUCCCUACUACGGCGGCUACGGAUACGUCCAUGCGGCGCCCUACUACGGCGGACACCACGGCUACUAUCCGUACCACCACGGCCACUACGGCUUCUACUAGGACCACCACCUAUCCCCAUGAUCGUAAUGCAUACUGUUUUUUUUCCCGAUCGCUCCAUGCUCAUCACUGCACCAUCAUUUGUAUAUGUACAUAUAUGUACUGGUUUUCCCCAAUCAUUCACCGCAAUAUAAAUGUACUGCAAAUAUCUAAUACAUA